UUGUGUGGUUUCCUUCGUCAAUGAAACUUGUAUUGAGACUCGUGGCUUGUGCAGAACUUAUUCAUGUGCAACAUGUUCAUGAAGGAAUACUUAGGAGUGAAGUUAUUUGUACGUUAGCAUUCUUCAAGUGCACAGGUUUCAUUUUUGGAGUACAUAAAUACAACAAAUAUUAAAAUUCUAUUAAAAACCAUCAAACCGUAAAUCGUGGCAAGUAGAUAAAUGAGGAACCAUACACAUAAAUAACUUUUUCGUUUAUAAAGCUCUUUAACUGAACUUGUUUAUUUUGGUUGGAGCACAAUUUCAAUUAUACUUAACAAAAUCCAUUCUUUGACGACAACCUUGCAAGAUUAUUUUAUAAGACCAUUUGCGAUGAAUAGACUAGAAUCCAUUUCUCUGAUGGAAGGUGACAGGAAGCUUCUUGAGAUAAGAACGACAGAACAACCACUUAUCGAAUCCGAAUGACCUAAACGUUGCACUUGUCGAUGAAACGACUUGACCACAAUGAACUGCUAUUUAGUUUGUGAACUAGAGUAUUCCUGUCAAGUAGGAAAGUUUGUUUUGCAGUGUUCCUAUCCCAAGUUUGAAGUUGUGGUUGAAAUUAUUGACUCAAUAAUUUAGUCUUAAAAUUCGUAUUAUUUGCAUAUGAAUGACAAAACCAGAUCAACAGUUGGAGACCUGAUCCAGGGAGAAGUGUAGUAUGUAAAGUGUGUGGAUAUGUAAAGCUCUGUGGGGGUUUAAAAUUAUGUAGAUCGCGAAGCAUGAAAUAUUUUUUCACGAGUGAGCAAAAAAUCGAGACUCCAGGAGACGUCUCCUUUGUCAGAAUAAUAGUUUCUGCAUGUGUGUUUGACACAACGAAAGUUUUUAUAAAUCAAGAGUAGAGUUUAGUUGAAAAUAUACAGGUCUUAACAAUUCUAGUGUUUUUAUUUGUGCUUUAAAUGAUUCGUGGUUUUGAAAGCGACAAUGUGAUAUUAAUAAUAUUCGAAGGUUAAAUCUAACAAUUAAUCUAAUCUUGAUUUGAAUAUAAGUUUUAUUGAUUUGUGAUUGUGUCCUUGUGCAUCUUAAUGCAUGCACUCUGACAAGGCCAAUACUUCAAAGAGAUUUUGAAACGCUAUAGUGUUCUCAUACAUUGAGUAGUUCUUUAGCUCAAUUUGUACAAAUAUGGGAUGUUGCACUGGAGGUUCAGAGGUUGCCGACAUUAAUGGGCAUCCCCGGGAAUUUGACGAAAAAUUUCAUGGGCCAAUUGAAAAACGUUCUUGCACGGACGUGACAUGUCUUCUAAUGCUGGUUGCCUUCAUCAUAGGAUGGUGUGUCAUUGCAGUAAUUGGAUUCAAUCAUGGAGACCCUACGAUUCUUGUCUACCCAACAGAUUCAUACGGCCAAAAAUGUGGAGUGGACGAAGCGGUGAAGGAUAAACCUUACUUGUUCUUCUUUGAUAUUACUCGGUGUGCAAAAGCCAAUGUUCUGACGGACGGAUGUCGGACUCCUCAGGUUUGUGUGAAGGAGUGUCCAGAUCCGAAUGAUGGGCAACCUUGGUCCGUGAAAAUGGAGAUCGCCAAGAAAACGACUGAAAAUGAUAUCAAGCAGAAAUUGAUCUGUAAAUACGAUGUCGACAAAAGUACUCAAACCGUUGCAGAGUUGAUUGCUUUGCCGAAACAACAGUGUGCGAAGUUCAUCAUUCCAUCGAAAACACAACAAUCAACCAUUACAACCAGGAAUAUAUCGGACUCUAGUUGGAAAUGGAAAGCUCCUGUAAAAACGGUUAAAAGUGCUCUCGUCCGGAGAUGCAUUCCGUCUUUGGCAAAUAUCGAAAAAUUCAGCGAUGAAGAAGAUGUUGAAAAAGCUAAUAUGAAGAAAGGUGUUGCAAAUCUAAUCGAGUUCUUUAACACUAAAGAGAAUCUAGAGUUAUUAUUUCAAGACUUGAAGGCUUCAUGGGUUGUCAUACUUGGAUGUCUUGUUGUGGGUGCAGUUGUCGCCGGACUCUGGAUUUGUCUGAUGAGAUGUUUUGCAGGAAUCAUGGUGUGGUUUUCGCUAUUCGGGAUGAUUGGAGUGCUUGGAUUUAGUUGUUACUACAGUGUGGAUAAGUACAUUGAGCUGAAAAGUGUCAACGAAACUAUUGAAUUUCGGAGAGAAGCCAACACCGACGUUUUAAUCUCGGAAGAAGAAUUUAAUUCACAACUAGAGACUUAUUUAAAACUAAAAAACACCUGGCUUGCAUUUGCUAUAAUUACUGGAACCCUUCUUGGAAUUCUUUUGUUAAUUGUAAUUUUCUUAAGAUCAAGACUUUAUUUGGCUGUGGCACUAAUUAAGCAAGGAGCACGGGCAGUGAGUGAAAUGAGCUUUACAAUUUUUUGGCCAAUCGUCCCCUGGUUUUGGCAAGUUCUUGUCAUUGGCUGGUUUCUACUCGUGGGUGUGUAUUUGGCAACAGCAACUGAAGAAGUUUAUCUGGUGAAUGGGAACUGCACUUGUUCAGAUACUCAGCGUUUCAUUGAAAAUGAGAGAUGUUACAUCAAAAGUUUUACCAAAGCACUGGAAUCCUGCUUACCGUGCAAGGAUAUUUCGACUUGCACUUAUCAGAACCACCAGAAGCUGUCCCAAGCUUUCUAUUUCCACUUGUAUAACAUAUUCGGCGUGAUAUGGCUUCUCUGCUUUGUAAAUGAUUUGGGCGAUAUGGUUUUAGCUGGAAGUUUUGCCGGAUGGUACUGGACAUUUAACAGGAAAAAGGAUCUAGCAUUAUUUCCAGUGGCCAGUAGUUUCUUUCGAACGGUUCGUUAUCAUUUGGGAACGGUUGCAUUCGGAAGUUUGAUUAUUAGCAUCAUUAAGUUUAUUCGAUAUUUCUUGGAAUAUGUAGACGCAAAAACACGACAAUAUCAGGAUAACCCAGCUGCUAAAGCCGUGUUGUGGUGUAUGAAAUGCUGCUUCUGGUGUUUGGAAAAAUUUAUGAAGUUCAUUAAUCGUAACGCCUACAUCAUGGUGGCCGUGUACGGCAAAAAUUUCUGCGUUUCCGCCAGAGAUUCGUUCUUUCUUGUGAUGAGGAACGCGCUCAGGGCGUUCGUCCUCGACAAAGUUACAGACUUUUUACUGUUUUUGGGGAAGCUCGUCGUGACUGGAAUUGUAGCCAUUGGAUCAUUCUAUAUUUUUACUCAUCGAUUCCCAGACUCUGUCAAUGAAAACAUUCCCGAACUAAAUUUCUAUCUUGUUCCCGUCAUUAUAAUUACCAUUGGAGUUUACUGUAUCGCCAGUGUGUUCUUCAGCGUUUAUGAAAUGGCCGUGGACACCCUGUUCUUGUGUUUCCUUGAAGAUUGUGAACGCAACGAUGGAUCACCUGAAAAGCCAUAUUACAUGCCAAAAGAGCUGAUGUUGAUCCUUGGUAAACAAAAUAAAAAGUUGGAGCAAAAUGGAGCAAAAUGAUCUGCAGGGCUUCGCCAUGAAUUAAACUGAUCUUUCAUAACUUGCCUAUUCUGGAAUUAUCACAGAAAUUACAUUACAGAUGAUAAUACUUUUUGAUAUAAUUCUCACUUAUUGUCAGACUAUACUUAUUAUAUAUGUACGUACUUAUGUAUAUUAGGUAGUCAGAGGUGUAUUUAUGAUACUGCUACAUACUUAACUUAAAUAUGUUCAUGUUCCUAUUGUUUCAAUGUCAUACGCUUAAUUUUAGUCGAUCCGAUCUUAUGUUCGUUUGAGUCUUGUAUUAUUAUUAAUAUUUAUUACUUAUUUGAUUUUCUAAAUAAUUGUUGUCCAGUAUUGUCUUCUGACUUUCCAGCUGAAUUGAACCAAUUUAAUCUUUGAUUAAUGAACUCUCAAAAUGAAUUAAAUAUUAAUCGAUUACAUCGGUCAAUGAAUUAAGAUGAAUUAAAUACUAUGUUAUACAGUAUAUGUAACUUAUACCGGUCCAAGUCUACAUUGCAUAUAAUACAUACAUUCAAUUUAUAUAGUAUAUAGUAUACUCAGUGAUGACCAUACUUUUUGAAUAAAUAAAUCAUUUGUGGAAACUA